CUAUAUCCGCUCUGCUGUGAGUUGGCUGUCUAAAGCGGUUAAAUUUUUUUUGUGAAACAACCAAAUUAGAAAUAGGAUCUUUUGGCAUCGACCUUUUUAAAAACGCGCCGAAGCAAAAUGUGGAGGUUAAUGGACAUGUUCGGACGCCCUUUGGCACAGCUGCGCAGAAGGAAGCUUCAAACUCUGGUGGCAGCUAGACAGUUGGAUGGCAUCAGGCCACGCCCACAUCGCAUGCAGAGCACAGGCGCCGAGGAGGAGCCGCCACGGACCUUACGCUGGGGCAUUGCGCCCGUCAAUCUCAUGGCCGAAGACUUUGCCACGGCCCUGAGCGUCCUGCCCGCGCACCGGCACAGCAUCACCUCCUGCAUGGACGCGUAUCGAUCACAGGCGCUCUCCUUUUCCAACAAGCACCGUGUGCGCAGGGUUUACACCAGCUUCGAGGAUCUGGCACGUUGCCCAGAUGUGGACGCCGUUUACAUAUCACCGCUGAAUGCAAUGCACUGUGAACUGUGUCACCUGAUGCUCAACCAUGACAAGCACGUGCUGUGCGAGCAGCCGCUGGGCAUGACUGAGCAGCAGGUGGUGGAGCUGGUUGGGAAGGCGAGGGCCCGCGGCUUGUUUCUAAUGGAGGGUAUUUGGCCGCGCUGCAUACCCGCCUACCAUAUUCUGCGGCAUGAGAUCAUGCGCUGUAAGCUGGGUAGGAUCUUCGCAGUGGACUGCACAUUGGGUUGGCCGCUGCCCAUCGCUUCGCCGAAGGCGGCGUCAUACGCAGGUGUCGCCAAGGAUUUGGCACCUUACGGCAUACAACUGGCGCUGUGGGUCUAUCGAGAGGUGCCGCAGCGUCUGAAGGUAUCGGGCAAGCUCAAUCGCGAGGGCAUUGAUGUGGCAGCCAACAUUGAACUGAUCUUUGAGGGCAAUCGGAGAGCUCGGCUGGUGCUCAGCGCCGAGCAGGAGCUCCAGAACACGGCCACCAUACGUGGCACCAAAGGCAGCGCGACCCUGAACAGCCUGUGGUGUCCCACGGAAUUGACAUUCGAGAAUAGGGACUUCGAGUUCGAAUUGCCCGUUGCGGAACGGUCGACGCACUUUAACAAUCGCAUUGCCUUGUGCUACGAGGCGGAGGAGAUGCGCAGCUGCAUACUGGACGGUCUUACGGAGAGCAACCUCUUCAAUCACAACGAGAGUCGCCUGAUGGUCCACUUGACCAGCCAAAUAAAGGAGAUGCUUAAGACAGAUGACCAGGACGCAGCGGUCCAGCAACAGCAGGCAGUUAACUAAGGCCCGAUUUGAAACUCAAUAGGGUUAAGGCUGUGUACAAAUCUUGGGCGCCAACCUAGUCCCAUUUUCAGUUCUUUUGGAAAAUAAAUAAAUAUUAACUUAAA